UAACAGUUAAUAAGUACGCGUAGCUUUUGGUGGUUGUGCUGUUGUUUCCUUUUAAAAGCACGGCUAAUGUGAAACCACUUAGUUCAUAUUUCUCACACGUCACAGCCACUUUAAUGUUGCAAUAAGGAAAUGUGUGUUCAUUUUAAUAAUCUGUUCUCUUGGUAUAAAAGGACGUCAGUUCAUUAAGGAUCUACAUUUCAUCUUACAAGCAGCAAUUGUCUUAGAGGCGUUUGUCGUUUAUUUUCAUAGCAACCUAAAUCUCUGCAGUCAUGAAGUAUCUGAGUGUGUUGCUGGUGGCAGUUUGCGUGGUGAGCUCGCUGUCGAUGUCGUUCACUGACUUCGACGAGGAUUGGAAAGAGUGGAAGAACGAACACGGCAAGCGAUAUCUAAGCGAUGAGGAGGAAGCGUCGAGGAGACUGAUCUGGCAGAAGAACCUCGACAUCGUCAUUAGACACAACCUCAAAUACGACUUGGGCCACUUCACCUACGAUCUCGGAAUGAACCAAUUCGCUGACUUGCAAAAUAAAGAGUUCGUCGCCAUGAUGACUGGUUUCCGAGUGAAUGGCACAUCAAAGGCGGCUAAAGGAUCCACCUUCCUCCCACCAAACAACGUCGGCAAACUCCCAAAGACCGUCGAUUGGCGCACUAAGGGUUACGUAACUCCUGUCAAGGACCAGGGACAAUGUGGUUCAUGCUGGGCGUUCAGUGCCACAGGAUCUCUGGAGGGACAGCACUUUAAGAAGACGGGUAAGCUGGUGAGCCUGAGUGAACAGAACCUGGUCGACUGCUCCGACAAGAAUUACGGGUGUAACGGAGGUCUUAUGGACCGAGCCUUCCAGUACAUCAUUGAUGCAGGAGGUAUUGAUACAGAGGAAAGCUACCCCUACAUAGCAAUGGAUGGCAAUUGCCACUUCAAGACGGCUAACGUAGGCGCUACCGUCACAGGUUAUACUGACGUCACCUCUGGUUCUGAGAAGGCACUGCAGAAGGCUGUAGCCCACAUUGGUCCUAUCUCGGUCGCCAUUGACGCGAGCCAUUUUUCCUUCCAGCUUUACCAGUCUGGAGUGUACAACGAGCCCGGUUGCAGCUCUACCUUGUUGGACCAUGGUGUUCUCGCAGUCGGCUAUGGAACCACCAUUGAUGGAACCGAUUACUGGAUUGUCAAGAACAGCUGGGCAGAGACUUGGGGAAUGAAUGGAUACAUAUGGAUGUCUCGUAACAAGGAAAACCAAUGUGGCAUCGCUACUCAAGCUAGUUACCCUCUGGUGUAAUCGCCAUUCAAUAUUGCUUCUGCCAAGAAUCUGUUCGUGCAAGAACAUCAAGUCAUUUCCGAGGACAUCCAAUAAAACUAUGGUCCACUUCUCACUUUAUAUUAUGGGCCUAACAAUAGCAAAUGACAAUAGCAAUAACACUAUCAUGAAUUAAUAAACGGAUCCAAUUCAGAACUACAGGAUGCUCUCGAGUUUAUUUGACUCUCAAGAGAAAGUGUCACUUAGAUAUAAAGAGAGGUUAUUUCUUAAAUAAAAUGAAAGGUCUCUUGAAAGUAAAAUAGCCCUUUCAUUUCAAUUUUUGGAUAUUUAAAUUGCACAGCUCCUACUGUGUGCUUUUUUCACACUCUCCCUGAUAUAUAAAGAGUGCUUUCUUUAUUUGAUCAUCAACAGAAGCAAAUUGCUAGGCCACGAACUUUUCGAAGCGUGACCAGAUUCAAAGUAUGCUUGGGGGGCAUUGAUGUAUGUA